CAGGGCCGGGUAGGUGGAAGCAAAUCGCCCUCGGGUUCCGGGAUGAGCGGAACCCCCACUUUCCCUUGAACCCCCUCCAACCUUUUCACCUGUUCUGACACCUGUAUCCCCACUUCACCCCUUUUCCCUUACAUAUUCUGGGAAGUGACCUCCAAGUUAACAAUGUGUUUUUAAACCUGUGUUUAUCACUCCGAGGUAGGGGAAAGGGUUUCUACUCUUGCUUUAAUUACCACCUGUGAGCUCUUGAACUUGUGAUGGCUGCAGCAGCCUUUGCUUGGGGGACCGUCUCAGCAUCCAACCUCAGAGUCCUUAGAAGCCAAGAUGGGUCCCCACUCCUCGCACUCCUGCCCUAGUCCCUGUGGUCGGCUUGCAGCUGAGGAAACCCGGGUUUCCUACUCCGACUGUACCCCCAGCCCAGAAUAUGCCGGACACCCCCUGUCCGCUGGCGCACGAACUUGAUUUUUACACCUACGAAAUUCACGGUAACUGCCACUUGCAAAGCCCAUUCUGCAGAGUGAAGCUUCCCCUACGCCCUCAAAUCUUCCCUCUGUACCCCAGCAGUCCACCUGGGUGUGGCUCCAGGCUCGAGUUCUCCGGGACCUCCGACCCUAUGGAUUGGUAGGGAAUCCUGGACCGACCUAGGUCGUGUUUAGCCCUAGGGACCCAUUAGGCUUUUUUCAGGACCUGACCCUCAGGCCGACUUGUCCAGUCGACAAACCUACCCGCUCUGCACACCCAAGUUUGAAUUCCUCCGUCGCGAGCGUGCGCGUCUCACUGGCCCUGCAGUCCUCAGGACGCAGCGCUUCCCUCUCCCACGCCGGGCCCUCCAAGGGACUGCGAAAGCAACCUGUUCAAAUGGCAGCCGGCUAGAUCCUCCGGUUUCCACUGGCUCAGCUCCGUGCGACACACUCGCCAGCUGCAGUAGCUCCUUGCAAGCUUCGGGGAUGUUAAUUCCCCCUUACGCCAUCCGGUCAGCAGGAGCUGCGGUUUGGACUUUUAUUUGCUUCGGAUUUGAACCCCGCCAGCGGUCGCACGGCUGAGCGCUCCAGGGCAGGUUUUCAGCCGCAGGGACAUUGCGAACAGAGGGCCCCUCCACAGGCCCUCUGCUGCCGCAGGGCCAGCGGCUCCUGGACCGCAAAGUCAGCCCGGCUCCCAGCCGGGUCCUGCCGGUUGAGCCCUGCAAGACCUCGAUCCGGGAGCGCCUGGUUGACAUCCCACCUUUCUUUUUGCGCUCUCUCAGGAAGACGCCCGCCAACAACGCUCCUUGACCAUCUUGGCCUUGACAAACAGUUCACACCCACGUCCCCCCGGCACGGGCACCUAGAACUUGGACCUAACACGACUCCACCGCGGACCAGCCACACUGUGGGUACUGCGGGCCGGGAGCAGUGCCCAGAUGUCGAGGGUCCCUGCCUUCGAGCGGACGGCAGACUGGCACUUGCUUGUGGUUUGGGGCGGGGGAGAGACUGGCGCUGGAUCUUUGAAUUCCAAAUGAUAUGAAGAAUGCUAAAUCUUCUCAUCAGGACGGAUGAGACAGCGCAGAAAAUAGGAUUCUCGUAAUUCUGGGAUUACAUUUUGCAACUUGUCUCCUAGAGCUGGGCGCCAAGCCUUGGGUCUUCGGGCCAGCGCAGCGGGUGGAGGGCGUCCGCGGGCAAACCCGCACGCCCCUGGCCAUGUCGCCUUUAGUGCCCUGCCUCUUUGUGUGGCCUUCUGAGGGUUUCCAGGGCUGGCCAGGGUUGCUUUUCACCCUCGGGCUCUCUGUCACUCCCAGCCAACCCCAGCGGGUAAGGCUCCCCCAAGCCCAGACUUUUUGACUCCCGGCUCCCUGGCUCCCCGCCUCCGACCCCUCCCGGGGGAGGCCCUGGAGAGCCGGACCUCAACCUGCCGGCUGGGACCAUGGUGUUUCUCUCUGGAAAUGCCUCCGACAGCUCCAACUGCACGCACCCGCCGGUACCGGUGAACAUUUCCAAGGCCAUUCUGCUCGGGGUGAUCUUGGGGAGCCUCAUUAUAUUCGGGGUACUGGGGAACAUCCUAGUGAUCCUCUCUGUGGCCUGCCAUAGGCACCUGCACUCGGUCACUCACUACUACAUCGUCAACCUGGCGGUGGCCGACCUGUUGCUCACCUCCACUGUGCUGCCCUUCUCCGCUAUCUUCGAGAUCCUGGGCUACUGGGCCUUCGGCAGGGUCUUUUGCACCAUCUGGGCGGCGGUGGACGUCCUGUGCUGCACCGCGUCCAUCAUGGGGCUCUGCAUCAUCUCCAUUGACCGCUGCAUUGGCGUGAGCUACCCGCUGCGCUACCCCACCAUCGUCACCCAGAAGAGGGGCCUUAUGGCUCUGCUCUGCGUCUGGGCGCUCUCCCUUGUCAUCUCCAUCGGGCCCCUGUUCGGCUGGAGGCAGCCGGCCCCGGAGGACGAGACCAUCUGCCAGAUCACCGAGGAGCCGGGCUACGUGCUGUUCUCCGCGCUGGGGUCCUUCUAUAUGCCGCUGGCCAUCAUUCUGGUCAUGUACUGCCGGGUCUACGUGGUGGCCAAGAGGGAGAGCCGGGGCCUCAAGUCCGGCCUCAAGACCGACAAGUCUGACUCGGAGCAGGUGACGCUCCGCAUCCAUCGGAAAAAUGCCCCGGUAGGAGGCGGUGGGGUGCCCACCUCCAGGAACAAAACGCACUUCUCUGUGAGACUCCUCAAGUUUUCCAGGGAGAAGAAAGCUGCCAAAACACUGGGCAUCGUGGUCGGCUGCUUCGUCCUCUGCUGGCUGCCUUUCUUCUUAGUGAUGCCCAUUGGGUCUUUCUUCCCCGAUUUCAAGCCUUCUGAAACAGUUUUUAAAAUAGCAUUCUGGCUCGGAUACCUAAACAGCUGCAUCAACCCCAUUAUAUACCCAUGUUCCAGUCAAGAGUUUAAAAAGGCCUUCCAGAACGUCUUGAGACUCCAGUGCCUCCGCAGAAAGCAGUCUUCCAAGCGGGCUCUGGGCUAUACCCUACACCCACCCAGCCACACCCUGGAGGGGCAGCACAAGGACCUGGUGCGCAUCCCCGUGGGCUCAGGAGACACCUUCUACAAGAUCUCGAAGACAGACAGGGUCUCUGAGUGGAAGUUUUUCUCUUCGCUGCCCCAAGGAUCUACCAGGAUCACAGUGCCCAAGGACCAGAGGGCCUGCAUAGCCCAGGGGCGAAGUAAAGGCUUUGUGCAGGUCUGCUGCUGUGUGGGGCCAUCACCCCCACACCAGGGAGAAAACUACCAAGUGCCAACCAUUAAAAUCCACACCAUCUCCCUCAGUGAGAAUGGGGAGAAAGUCUAGACAGGAAAGGUCAGAAGGAAGGCAGGAUGAUCUUAGGCACCCUUCCCCUUUCUAUGGGAAAGGCCAGUUCACUCUUCCUGGAUGACAAUACAGGGCCCUCCAAUUGGACCAUCUGAGAAUGGGGUGGGGGGAGGAAACCCAACUCUUGGGCAGUGGGUAGGGCCCAGGGAGGAGGGAAGAUGUGGCACAACCAUCCCGUUCAAACGGAGGACAAGCAGCACUUCCCUGAAGCUAAUACCCUCUCAUAUCCUCUGAGCCCGCUCUCCCCAGCCAGCCCCUUCAUUGGAAAACACCAUGGGAAAGAGAAGUUCAGGCACAAUCCAAAAGACUAUAAAUAUAGGGUUAUGAUUUCAUCAGGAAUAUUUUCAGUGCACACUCUAAGUUUGGAGCUAUUUCUUGAUAGAGUGAGGGGAUUUUAUUUUCAGGCCUGGGGAGGAAGAACCUUACCAUGAUGGCUGAUACCCAGGCACAUUAUUUUUAGAGCAAGUUUUAAACUUCACCAUUUCUGAUACAUCCAGUGUCUCAACUUGGUGAAACUUGACCAUGAGAUUUACCUUUUGGGGCAGUUUGACUGGAUACUGAUUCUGAUUCCUUAAGGAUGGGGAUGGGAGUACUCAUUGUCUCUGAACUAAAGGGGACUUGGGUCUAGAUCAGCUGAAAGAACCAGUCAGUGGAAGGGUGGCUCUUCCUAAUGGAAAGCAGUACAAAUGAGGGUCAUUGUUUCAGCCUAACUACCAUGGACACAAUUCCAUUAAGUAGUUCCAGGCUCAAAUGUAGGAAGGCUUCUUGUGUAACACAAAGAUCCAGAGGUUAGGGUAGGGCGAGUGCUAAUUGCACAUUAAACUAGAGGCUGCAAAAUUACUCCACAACCUUUUUGACAUGGCCUAGAGAAAACUUUCUGUGCAAGUCACUUAACUUUUUCAGAAUUUUCCAUUAUGAAAAUCCAUAGCUGAUAAUAUUUUGAAAGGCACCCCUUGACUUCCUUUUUUCAGCUGCUUCACUACUGCAUAGGGAAUGAGGGUCGAGGCCCCAGUGCACCUGCAGCAUGCAGGACUGAGCCUUAUGAUCCAAGUACGUGCUCCUGUCAUUCGAGAGGUACACCUGCUUAGCUUGGGAGAAUGCUGACUAAAAACCCAUCAAAAGCUGGAGUUUGCAAAGAGCUUUUGACAGAUGCCCAUUUAUUCUGGUGAAAGAUCCAGUAGCCCAAUUACUUCAUCUAUUUCCACUUCCUACAGGUACUUGGGGAGCAUGCUGGUUUUGGUUUUAUGUAUACCAAAUUUUGGUAAACCUUAAUAACUGGGUAUAUUUACUAAAGAUGAAGAUCGUAACUAUAUGUAAAAGUUAAAAAAGUUUUCACAUUCCACAAUAAGAAUUUAAAGUGAGAUUUGUGGUUUUGAAAGAAUUGAGUGGAAUCACUGGCUUGAGACUACUGAUCAUUUCAGUGGUCUCUUUCCACACAUUUAGGUGAUUUCCACUAAGAAUUUUGAAGUAGGCUGUAGCCAUUAUUUAAUCUUAAUGGCACAAAUAUGGCCCAUAUCAUCUUUUUCUUCUUUCCUGACAGAAAAAUAAUAAUUUCCUUAAAUCUUUCUGAAAGGCUCAUACCUUUACACACUGCCAUGGAGGGUAUGGUUGCAAUGUGGAUUGGAGUUUGGUUUUUGGUUGUGUUUGAAUAUAAAAUAUUGUCACUUUCUCAGCUCUUGCUGGAGAGUGUCUUCCCAUUGACCAGACAGACAUCCUGACUUAUGUUUAUGCUUAGGCUCUGGUGUUAGAUGUUGGCUGGAUUUUUAGACUCUGGUCUGUCUGCAUGUCCCAUAACAGCUCCACCAGAGGCAGGUGUCCUGUCAGGGCUGUAGGCACCGGGGAAGAGGUGAGUGAACAAGCCUCACUGCACUCUGCCUUCCUGGGAAAGAGAAGUCUCAUCACUGAGAGCUUCCCUCAGAGUCUGAAUUUUAAAAACCCAUUUUGCAAGACACCCCCCUUACGAGAAGAGCUUCCCUAUGAGAAAAUGCUAAUAGUUCCUCACAAAAUACACCUGAUCUUUAAACACCUUUACAGACAAAUUUAAAUAUUAGAUAUUAGAAAGUUUAAGGUCACCAGAAAGCUAGCAUUAGUGCCACUGCUCAUCAAAAUAAGCAACCACAGGAUGUUUCUGUCAUCAGAUAAAAGCCAUGACAAUUGUACUCAUGUAAAAUUAUCCAUAAAUAAUUGUCUGCUAUGCUCUUCUCCAACCCCUCUCCCUCCAGGGAGGCAAACUUUAACAUUGCUUUCCUUUCCCAUAACAUGGUAUUAUGUAUAAAUUUGCCAAUUUUACAAGAAAUUAAUAAUGUCACCCAAGACUUAGCCAAAAUGGGAUAACAAUAUACAAGUUAUUUUUUACUCAUCCACAAAAAUCUCUGUACCUUUGAGCAUGCCAAAAACCAUCUAAAAUUGUCACAGUUAAACAGAUGAUUGUCAUAUUUAUACUCACAUGUUUACUGCUUCUAUUUGGAGUUUGAAGAAUUUACCCAGGGCAACAGUAGUCAGAAUGUCUUCUCUAAUGUGUCAUAAAAGCAGUUGCUGCAGGAUUGUCUCAAAAUCACAAAAAGUCAGCUUGACAUGAUGGGAGAGGCACAAUCUGAGAUUUUCUUGCAAUUCAAACUGCAUGCAUUAAGAGAGACCUUGAAUCUCUUUAUUCAAAAAAUGUCCCCAAACUUUUGCAAGGAUUUCAGGAAAGCAUUACACUUGUCAAGGUUUCUUCCUUUUCCCUCUGUCAUGUUGCAUCCAAAACUGCCCCUGCCUAUAAUCAUUCAGUGUAUGCCAACACUCUCCAAAAUAUUAAGGCUUCUAACUCUCAUCACCUACCUGAACUGGUCCAUCCAUGAUAGACAGUGAUAUUUGGGAAAAUAAAUAUUUUUUUAAGGCUUUUUUGUUAGGCGCUACUGUGGGCCAGGCCUUACCAGGGCAUUUUGCACCCAUUGUCUCUAAACCUCAUAGCAACUCCACUAUUCAUAGUUUGGAGACUGAGACCUGAGAGUUAAGAGUGAUUGAGGACUGGCCCAGGGCCAAGAAGGAACCGUUAUUCAGUCUUGGCCCUCCCUAACACUAAUGUCUGCAUAUCUUGUUUUUUUGUUUUGUUUUAUUUGUUUUUGUUUUUUUUUUUUUUCACAAUGCCCCUGACUCAUAAAUAGUGGGGGUAAAAGCCCCCUCUCACUGGGACUGAGUAUACUAAGGACACUACACCAUACCCAAACUUGUUACUGUUUUCUUUCCUUGGGAUUUGCCUGCCAAUUAACCUCAGUAAAUAUGCUGCAAAAUCUUCAUUCCAGCCAAACCCAACAGCAGGUCAUUGUAAAUGAAAGGGUUUGGUAUCUAUAAUUCUUUUUUAAAGAUCUUAUUUAUUUUUACACAGAGGGGAAAGGA